AUGACUGUCGCCAAGGCUGGGAAGUUCUGGCACAUCUCUGACCUGCACCUAGACCUUGACUACAAUGAAUCUGAACACUCCCUCCAGGUGUGCCCCUCAGCUGGCUCCCGGCCUGUGCCCAACGCAGGCCACUGGGGUGACUACCUCUGUGAUUCUCCCUGGCGUCUCAUCGUCUCAGCCUUCUACGCCAUGAAGAUGAAUGAGCCGAACCCAGACUUUAUUCUCUGGACCGGGGAUGACACACCUCAUGUGCCUGAUGAGAGUCUGGGAGAGGCAGCUGUACUGGAGAUUAUAGAACUUCUGACCAACCUCACCAGAAAGUUCUUUCCAAACACUAAAGUCUAUGCUGCUUUGGGAAAUCAUGACUUUCACCCCAAAAACCAGUUCCCAGCAGGGAAAAACAGCAUCUACGAUCGGGUAGCAGAACUGUGGAGACCCUGGCUUAGUAAGGAAUCCUUCGAUCUCUUCAAACAAGGUGCCUUCUAUACUGAGAAGUUGCCGGCCAACUUGGCGGGACGAAUUGUGGUCCUCAACACCAAUCUGUACUACAGCAGCAAUGAGCAGACGGCAGGCAUGGCUGAUCCCAGCCAGCAGUUCCAGUGGCUAGAAGAUGUGCUGACCAAUGCAUCCCGAGCUGGGGAAAGGGUGUAUAUCAUUGGCCACGUGCCCCCAGGGUUCUUUGAGAAGAAGCCCAACAAGGCAUGGUUCCGGGAGGACUUCAAUGAGAAGUACCUGAAGGUCAUCCAGAAGCACCACAGAAUCAUCGCAGGGCAGUUCUUCGGCCACCAUCACACUGACAGCUUUCGGAUGAUCUAUGACGAAGCAGGCACCCCCAUAAGCGUCAUCUUCCUCACACCUGGGGUCAGCCCAUGGAAAACCACGUUACCUGGAGUAGACAACGGGGCCAACAAUCCAAGCAUCCGGCUGUUUAAAUACAACCAAACCACACUGGACCUGCAGGAUAUGGUGACCUACUUCAUGAACCUGAGCCUGGCAAACGAGCAGGGGACACCGCACUGGAAGCCCGAGUACAAUCUGACCUGGGCCUAUGGGGUGCCGGACGCAAGUGCCCUCUCCCUUCACACAGUGCUAGACUUCAUCGCCAACGACCGGGACGUGUUGCAGCGCUACUACCUCUACAACUCAGUCAUGUACGAUGACACGGCCUGCAACCAGACUUGCUGCAUGGAGCAUGUGUGUGCCAUGCGCCACGUGGCCUUCCGGGACUACGCAGCCUGCCUGUCAGCCUCUGGCCCUGCGCCUGCGCACGGGCUUGUGCUGCUGCUGCCGGCCCUGCUGGGCCUGGGCGCGCUCCUGGCGCCAUGA